AUGUUAAUUUUCUGUUUUAUUUCCAUGGUAACAGUAAUAUACAAGCAAACCCGAUCAUCCGCCAUCUUGGCAAAACAGCUUCGUUUCAACCACCGAGAUUUGACAUUCAACACAAAUGACAAGUCAGCAGUUGUAAUGUUGGCAGUUGUGGUGGCCUUCGCUCUAGCUUCUUUCGCAACUUACUUGCGCUGUGACUUUCUUCAGUUAUUAGGAAAGCAUAAAACUCAAGACUUCUCGUGUAAAAGUAACUUUAAAUUUAGAAUACCUAUGUUAGUUCUGAACUCGGCAAUUAACCCUCUGGCGUAUGCUUUCUUCAAGCGUGACAUUAAGAGAGCCUUAAAAGGGAAAUAG